AUGACAACGCAUUACGAAAAGUUCCAAGCGGUUCGCCUUCAUUCUGGUGUUUCGCAUACUGAUGGUGCAGUAUGCACAGGAGCAGGUUCUCCACCACCAAGCUUUGUGCCUUCGGUUCAUGAUCCAGCCAUUGCCCAACCUGUGAUAUUGAGCCCUGCCGAUUCCUUGCCUUCGUCUUUGACAAGAACUGCUAUUGGAUCACCCACUUCUCUUUAUCUCAAUAUCGGUGCUGAAGACGAUUACCACUUCCCCGAGAAGAGAAAACGGGAUGAAGCUGAUGACUUUAAUGCUUCAAAGUUCGCACAUAUCGACUCGCCCUCUUCUUCGACAAGCUCAUCCCAUGAUGAAUACACAAGUGAUGAUUUGUCAAGUGUAAGCCGAAAGCCUGGACGCAAGCCAAUGCCUGAUGAUGACGAUUUAUCGCAAGACGCUGAACAUGAUCCAAAGGUGAAGCGCAAGGCACAAAAUCGUGCAGCACAACGUGCUUUUCGUGAACGCAAAGAACGAUACGUUAAGGAAUUGGAAGCAAAGAUCAAGCAACUUCAAGACAAUCACUUUCAUGCAUCUUCACAGCUUGUUCAAGAAAACCAACAUUUGCGCUCGGUGGUGUAUCGUUUGGAAGCUGAAAACUUUGCAUUGAAGGGAAUCCAUAUCCAAUUCCCUAUUCAUCCAAGCCCUUAUAUCAUGUACACGCCUCCUACAAGCAAUGGUGCUGCUCCUGUUAACGCUGCAGCAUCACCUCAAGCUUCCACACAUCCUCAUCAUCAUCCUCAUCAUCCACCUCUUUUGGCACCUGCUAUGCCUACCACGGCAUCGCCACCACCACCAAUGCAUCAACAACAACAACAUCAACAGCAAUACACAUUUUCUAUCAGCACGCCUGCCACGUUGCGUCCCAAGAAGCCUGCAAGCGAAACAGCUUCAACAACAGCAACAUCAACAAACUCAUCUUCACCAUCAUCUUCAUCAUCUCAGGAACAAUUUUGCCAAAUUUUACAUAACCAAGUAUCCAACAAUGUCAUUGAACAAUUGCUAUCUGAACCUCUCUUUGAUACAAGUGGAGGCUUGGUGAUCCAACAUCAUGCUCACCAACAAGACACGGGUGCUGCAGCAGCUGCUGGUGCCGCACCUACAACCACCACCACCACCACAACAACAACCACGUCAACAAGCAUCCCAACUUCAAACCAUACCACAGGACUUUUGACUACGGCCGAAGUUUGGCAGCGGCUUACACAGCACGAUCAUUUCUCUUUGUUCACUGUGGAGGAGCUGUGUAACCAAGUUGCACGACACAUCAAGUCAACCCAUCAAGGUCUAGCGUUAGAAGAACGCGACUUGGAAGCAGUUUUUCGUGAGAUGGAUCUUGCAAAGAAGCCUUAA